AUGUUUCUAUACAAAGUUGUGCUUAUUUUCACUCUCUUGGUUGAAUGUGGAGCAAUUCAGCAUGAAAAAAAUGAAUAUUAUAGUGUGCAUUAUCCUAAGCAUUAUGUAAAGAACCAUUUCUGUGGUUAUGGUAGACCCGUAUCGUUCCGACCUCGGUAUGGGGAGACUAUUCCUAACUGUGAUCCGCCACUUGGGCCAGUCAAAGGAUGCACGAUGAUAUAUAUAAAUAUUCAUAAUUCUCGUCCUUACCGCUGCCCAAACAAUGGUUAUGUAAGUGGAUACUCAGCAGUCCCUAUGGAUAGACACGGGAAUGUGGCAGUGAGGUGUUGUAGAGCGCUAGGUGUCAACUAUAACGAGAGAGAAUGCGUUCAGUAUUUUCGACAGGAGGAUCCAAAAUACCCAUCUCCAACUAAACCUGGAUAUUAUCUUGUUGGAUCCACUCCUUUAUCUCUUCCUAACGGGAAAGUUGGUUUUUUCAACAAAGAAUGUAGAUUCCGCAGAAGAGAAGUCUUCAGUUUUUAAGUUUUCAAAUGUUACAAUUUGUUUUUUAUGCUAUAUAUAAUGCUUGUAAGAAUUCCGUCAUGAAAUAUGUUUCAAAAUAAAUGAUAAAUUAUACUUACCAUAAUAUACAUUUAUACCGGUAUGUGUAAUUAUAAAUACCAUAUCAAUGCUUCAAUAUCGGUUAUUGUAAAUGUUGACUUU